AGAAGGGGCUGCAGGCUGGAGAGGCUUUCCAGCAGCCACAGGAGGAGGAGGAGGAGGAGGAGGAUGAAGCCUCUGAGCUGAAGCUGGGAACUUUCGGAUGUUUUUGACGGGCUGAAGCUUUUUCCUCAUCUUUGAAGAUCUUUGAUGAUCCUGUUUGAGGACUUCGGGAGAUUCUUUCAGACUUCCUGUCCCGCCUCCACCAUGACUGACAUCUACGAGUCGGCGGCCAACUCUCUGGGUUUGUUCAGCAGCCCCUGCCUCACCAAAGUGGAGCUGCGACUCACCUGCAAGGGGAUCUCAGACCGAGACGCUCUGUCCAAACCCGACCCCUGCAUCAUCCUCAAGAUGCAGUCCCAUGGGCAGUGGAUGGAGGUGGACCGGACGGAGGUGAUCCGCAGCUGUGUCAACCCAACCUACUCCAAGGUUUUCACCUUGGACUUUUAUUUUGAAGAGAUGCAGCGUCUGCGCUUUGAGCUGUACGACAUCAACAGCAGCCACAACGGGCUGAAGGAGGCUGACUUCCUGGGGUCAGUGGAGUGCACGCUGGGACAGAUCAUCUCCCAGAGGAAACUGUCCAAAGCUCUGCUCAGACCAGGAGGAACCGUUGGGAAAGCCAUCAUCACGAUCACAGCAGAGGAGCUGACGGGGAACGAUGACUACAUCGAGCUCUCCUUCAGUGCCAGGAAGCUGGACGAUAAGGACUUUUUCAGUAAAUCGGACCCGUUUCUGGAGAUCUACAGAGUGAACGACGACGCCACCAUGCAGCUCGUCUACAGAACAGAGACGGUCAUGAAUAAUCUGAAUCCUGUGUGGAAAACCUUCAAAGUUUCUUUGAACUCGCUCUGCAGUGGAGACCAUGAACGGAAGCUGCAGUGCACCGUGUGGGACUGGGACUCCAACGGGAAACACGAUUACAUCGGGGAGUUCGAGGCCUCGUUCAAAGAGAUGAGAGGAGCCAUCGAUGGACGACAGGUGCAGUGGCCUUGCAUCAAUCCCAAAUACAAAGUCAAGAAGAAGAACUACAAGAACUCUGGGAUUGUUAUUCUGAACCAGUGCAAGAUCAUCAAGAUGCACUCCUUCCUGGAUUACAUCAUGGGAGGCUGUCAGAUACAGUUCACUGUCGCCAUCGACUUUACGGCAUCUAACGGCGACCCCCGGAACAGCUGCUCUCUGCAUUACAUCCACCCGUACCAGCCCAAUGAGUACCUGAAGGCCCUGGUGGCUGUGGGAGAGAUCUGCCAGGACUACGACAGUGAUAAAAUGUUGCCAGCAUUUGGGUUUGGAGCACGAAUCCCUCCUGACUACAAGGUCUCCCACGACUUCGCUGUGAAUUUUAACGAGGACAACCCGGAGUGUGCAGGUAUUCAGGGUGUGGUCGAGGCGUAUCAGGCCUGCCUACCCAAGCUGCAACUCUAUGGUCCCACCAACAUCGCCCCCAUCAUCCAGAAGGUUGCCAAGUCUGCCUCACAGGAGGUCCACACCAAAGAGGCCAUGCAAUACUUCAUUCUGUUGAUCCUGACCGACGGCGUUAUCACCGACAUGGCCGACACCAGGGAGGCCAUCGUCCAGGCCUCCCAUCUACCCAUGUCCAUCAUCAUCGUUGGGAUUGGGAACGCCGACUUCGGUGACAUGCAGAUGCUGGAUGGUGAUGACGGGAUCUUGCAGUCGCCCAAAGGAGAGCCCGUCCUCCGGGACAUUGUCCAGUUUGUUCCCUUUUGCAACUUCAAACAUGCCUCUCCAGCUGCUCUGGCAAAGAGCGUCCUAGCAGAAGUGCCCAACCAGGUGGUUGAUUACUACAACAGCAAGGGCAUCAAGCCCAAAGUGCCCAGUGAAUACCAGUCUUCCAGGCCGUUCGGCCCCUGAACUUCAUCACCACAGCUGCCCAUGUGCAGACCAACCUCUUCUGAACUUCACAAAAUGUUUACUGUCUUAUCGUCUUUGUUAAAGCGGAUGCUAAAGGUGAUACACACAGCGUUUAACCAUGAAACAUUGGGUCUUAGCAACCAUCUACGGUCUCUGUUGAAACAGUUGGCCUUUACAGUUUGAUUCGGUUCUGAGGGACCAAGACUCUGGGUCUACAUUCUAACAGAAGGAACCCAGAAGAAUGCUCUUUGUUCCUAAUUUUAAUGCUGCUAGUUUAGUAUCUGAGCUUUCAUAAAGCCAUCAGCACACACAGCUGCUGCACUUCAGAUAACAUUUGGGACAAGAAAGAAUCCCCAACCUCAUCCCUGAUUGAGCUACACUGAGCUUCUACCUGACUGAAGGUGGAGAUUAUUUUCAGACCUUGUUAUUUUAACAUUAUCAUCAUUAGAGAGCUGCUGUUUUCUGAUCCUGUUAAAUCAUGGAGGACCAUUCUGCUGUUUACUGGAUGCUGAACACUGAAAGACCUCUAGAUCCAUUUGGGCCACCUUGGAUCAGGCCUCUCAAAGUGAUCCAACCAUCUAAGGAGUAGUUAACAUUUGCACUGAUUGCUUGUUUGUUGAGAAGAAACUACAACAUGAAGGACGUUUUCAGACAUUCCAGAGAUAUUUCAGGUUGAACUAAGAAAAGGAAGGUUUUAAGAUGGUUCUGACCACAGACAUCACUUUCAGGUUAUGGUACCUUUGGCUUUGGGCAUCUGCAGUAUUACUUAUAUUUUCUGCAGAAAUUAAUGACAUAGAAACUAGAUAGAGAUAUGAACAUAAAAACCAUGAUUUCUGAUUGGACCUGACAGUCCAUGGUCUUUUUAAGGUGGUAUUAGUCAUGUUUAGCAUUCGGCAUUCAGAGGUCUCCAGUUAACUGAAGCUUCUGUGAAGGAAGCUGGUGGGAGGAGCUGUGAUAGGGCAGCGGUAUCAGACAGAACAUGUUGGUUACGUGUCUUGCUAACCGAACAUGAUGUUUCUUACCUGCAGACCUUACUUGCAGGCUGAUGAUUGCUUUACACACACAAUGAUAGUGGUGUCAUGUAUAAAAUGAUGGAUUUGGCCAGAAUCACAACUGGGCUUUGGGAUCUCUGGAUUUGUAAGGACAUUUAGAGAACAUCUGUGCAGGAUCUUUGGAUAAUGGAGCUAUUUCUGAAGCAAGGAGGCCUUGACACCUUCCACUUCGUAUGACCCAGCUAGACAUACUGUUUGUACUGAAGGAGAGAGGAUUUAUUGACCACAGAGUGUCAGACUGCUAUGACUGCUGGCAUCAUGUCUACAGUCACUAUGUUAGCACUAAAACUGUGCAUCUGUCCUGUUACAGGUGAAAAAUAACCUCUGUGUCAUCUUCGCUGCACCUGUAGCACCACAGAUUUGUUCUUGCAGGCUUCACCUCAAAGAAAGUUUUGCAGUUACCAGAUUCUGUUUUCACGUUACUACGAUCCUGGGCUGGAAACUGGAACAGCCUGAGCUGGGCUGCUUCCUUUAGGGAUUCACACAGCAGAUCAUGUGCCUCCAUCUCACCCACUCACUCGGUCCAUCAGAUUCUCCUUCAUGGUAGCUCCACAUUCAGCAUAUCCACUAUUCCUCCUCUUCACACCUUCUUUUAGCAUGUUAACCUGGCAGAUGUCCUCCUGCAUCUACAUCUGUUCCACAUCAAUAGAUCACUGCCUGUUGUAGAUAGUUGAACCCACGUACUCAAACUCCUUCACCUUCAUGACUCAAAAAGAGAAGGACAGAGCAGAUGCCUGAUGUAUCCCACCCUGAACCUCUUUGGCACUCUCACUACCUCACACCUCACCAUGAUGUCACUGCCCUUGAACAUGUAAUGCACCAACCUCCCACACUUCUCUGCCUCUACUUCACUUCCGCUCUUUGUAUCUUCUCCUCUGUUCUCUGUAGAUUCACAAAGUCAGUGCGACCUUGUUUAGGGUUCUUCAGAACUCUCAAAGCAACAUUACAUCUGUUGAACUUUUCUUGGGAACUUGCCUUUAGUUUUCUAAGCAUAACCUUGUAGUUUGCACAUUGUAGCUGAAGUAGCUCAGUGUGACUUUACUGAAAAACUUGAAUCUGGUGAAACUGUUCUGGAAGUUCUCACCAGUUUUAACCCCCUGGAGAUUCUGCAAAUCAGUCACCAGGUUCUAUGGGCUCCAUAAGGCCCGCUAACAUGGUGACUGAUGGGGCUCCAGUUUUGCCACUUGGUUCUCAAUUUGGUGUGUAAAAUGCUGGGAAGUAGUUCUUUUUCUAACAAAUGGACCAAACCAGUCCAAGUAUCCCAGUGCUUUUAGGGUUAUCCUUCUGUAGCAGGAACAUUUAGAGGAACCAAUUUCACAAUGUUCUAAAGACGGUUAGUCCACAAAGAAGAAUCCUGUCAUGACUUUCUGCUCCACAAGCUUUGGAUUGGGUAAAUAUUUGCUAACUGUAGCACCUUUAGCAUCCGCUAUGCAAGCAGCACCAACGGUGGCUGAGCAGAUCAUCUUCAGGAGUGUUUUUAGGAGAUGUGAAAAGUACACAAACACAACCGUGACCAAUCCAAAAGCUGCUUUCCUGCAGACAGCAUGCCGUGCAGAGAAACAGUGGAUGAAGGAAUGUAUGAACUCCCCCUUCCAACUCUCCCUGGUGUUUUUCUAAGAGUAUAUUGAGGUUUUGCUAAAUUUCGCAAAGUUCGUAUAUCGCAAAGCAUUUUGGAUUUGUGUCAGAUGAAAAAGUGAGCUGCCUUCAGAGAUGUUUGCAUCCUCUACGGUUUUUCCUUUUUUAAAACACUGAGGCAGAUGCAUGAUGUGUUGUUUUGCAUGCAAAUCUCCAUGCAGGACCUCCUGGUGCCUGUGGUUUCUGGUAGUUUUCUUGGUAGUGAGUAAUAUGAGGUAAUAAUAAUGUUUACAGUGGUGAGGCUGCUCUACUCUCCAGCAUGUUCAUAUAUAAAUGAAAUGAUGUGAGUAGAUUUAAAAGCACAAACUGAGUAUCUUUUGAGAAAUCUUUAGAUUAUGGUGAUUUUGACCCCACUGCGCCGUUGACACCUGUCCUUCCUGAUGUCUUCGUUUACAGCAAGUCCAGCUUUGGACAGUUUUAGCAUACAAAUUUGUGCUUAAAAACCUUUCUGUUGUGACAUUGUUCUACAUUUUUUAUUAACAAAUGUCUUUGUGACAAACUGCUCAGUUACAAAGGCCACGAUCAACCAUCAUUAGUCCAUCAACUCAUAAACUUUGGAUUUUAGUCACAUUUAUCCGCCUGCUCUGGUGGGAUGUUCAGAUGUCUCCAGGAGGGAUGGGAGUAGAUUAAUCAGCCAACUGGAACACACUAUGCUCCAACCCUCCUGAUUCAAAGGAAUAAAUGACAGAUAUUAUUCAAGCCCUGCAGAGGUUGAAUCAUUUUCUAUGAACUUGUUGGAGCAGAGAAACAUCUGCAGCCUUCAGGUCAGAGACUGCUUUACAGGGAGGACAUCACACUGAACAACCAGAGUUCCUGCCCUCGGUGGUGGACUGCAGUUGUUCUUACUUAAAGUCUACAGAGGUCACAGAAACACGACCUCUCUUCUUAUAGGUUCUAAGCCAAACUUGGACAGGAAGUAAUGAUAUCCUUCAUUUUGCCACAGCUACCACAUCAUCUUCCUCUGACUGACAGUCUAUUAAAAGUAUUCACCCCCUGGAUGUUUUCCUCUUUGUUGAUAUGAGAAAUGACAUGAUGGUCAGCAUAAUUUGGCUUUUUGUACAGAAAAAGCUUAAUUCAUUUCAAAGAAAAAUAGCUUAGAGUUGGUGUUUGUCAGGUGACUGUAGUAUAAAACACUUGCAUAGAGUCUGGGAGGUCCAAUCUGAGGUUCAUCAACAUUCCUUUACUGAUCAUCUUGUGGAGGUGAAUUAAAUUCAUCAGUGGACCACAGAAGAAUCUGUCCAAAUCUGCCUGGAGCUGGCUGUCUUCAAACUGAGUGACUGGAAGGAGAUGAAAUAUGGUGAAGAAAGCCACCAGGACCCUAUGACCACACUGAAGAAGUUAGUGACUCAGAUGGGAGAAACUGUACAUACUGAACUGUUGCCUGGGUUAUUCAGCUGUAUGAAGGCUAAUUUCUCACCUGGAAUUCAUCUGUAGGAAACUCCAAGUUCCGUUGGAAGAAAAUUCUUUGAGACCAAAGUUGAACUUUUUGGCCACCAGAAACACACCAUCUCUCCACUGUGAGGCAUGGUGGUGGCAGAGUCAUGCUCUGGGAAUGCUUCUCAGCAGCAGGCCCUGGCAAAAGCCAGGCAAGUAUCAAUCAAAUUCUGGAGGAUAAUCUGAGCCCGAGUUACUCAGAGAACUUUUACUUGGGAUACGAUUUAUUUUCCAGCAUAAACUGCUCAGAAACAGUUAAAAGAGAAGAUUUUUUGGAGUGGCCAAGUCAAAGCCCAGAUCUCAAUCUGAUCGAGAAUUUGUGGCUGAAUAUAAGAGCUUUUCAGACCUGAUCCUUGAGCAACCUGACAGAGCUGGAGCUGUUUCAGAAGGAAAGCUUGUAGAAGUCUUUAAUUUUUUAUCAGAGGUUCUCUUCAACCGUGAGUGACAGAAUCUAAACAAAAAUCCAGAAAAAUCACAUUGUGUGAUUUUUAAGUAAUUAAUUAGCAUUUUAUUGCAUGACAUCAGUAUCUGAUCACCUAACAACCAGUAAGAAUCCCAGCUCUCUCAGGCCUGUUGGUUCUUCUUUAAGAAGCCUUCCUGUUCUCCAUUCAUUACCUGGAUUAACUGUCAUAUAGUUAAUUUCCUGACCCACAUGCAGAACUACUCAGACUAGGAGACAAAGAAAGUUUUAUCAAGGUUUAAUUUCCUUUGAACUCAUGUUCGGGACGCAGGAACUAACGGCGGGGACUGGCAACUUCUGCAGAGGAGAGGCUCAGUUUGACGAAAGAUGCAGAGAGGAGAAGAAGGUGCUUACGUUUCAGGGUGUGGGGAAUAGUUCUGAGGGGGUUUUACUGUUCCGGUGUUUUCCAGGUGGUGAUCGGUUCCUUAAGAUCCGUGGGAACUCUGCUGGUACGUGGGAGAGCGGGCAGGCAGUUGUUGUUCAGAGAGGGCUUGGUUCUGCGGGUAACGACUUAAGGACGUUUUUUCCAGAAGCGAGGCGAUCUUUGGAGAGCUGCAGGUUAAUCCAGAUAUCAUAUCGGCUCGGGAACCUGGGAGUGACAGCAACAGAAACAGGCUUAGGCUGGUUAACUUGAAGUUUAGCAAAGUUAGGGUCAUAAACAUCGACUAGGAGCUCAGAGGGCUUGAGGUUACCAACUACGUGGACCAUCAGGCACGGAAUGUUUGUCCAGCAGCUCCUUUUAAACGGUGCAGCCUAAGAUUGCUUGCAGGUGCGCAGCGAUCAGCUGUGAGCCACGCCGACAGCAGAGCUCCUAAUGAAUGGCAGGGAGGCUCCUACCACA